AUGAUCCGGAACGCCACGAUCCCGGCGUACAUCCAGCCCAGCCCGAACCACAGCAACGACCACAACAUGAGCCUGUCGCUGAGCCUGCAGAAGCAGAAGGACGCGAACGCUGAUGAUGAGGACUACGCCGACGGCCGACGCAUCUUGAUGCACAACCCGCUCAAGGGCCAUCUCUUCAGCAGCACCUCGGACUCCUCGCUUCACAGCUCCAUCGGCCAGCCGGAGAUGAUCGCGGCGGCUUCCAGCAGCGUGCAGAAGGGGAGCAGCGACCCUGGCAACCGUCUCGACACAGCGCUCGGCUUGUCCGGAGAGGAGACGACGCAGGGACUGGUUACGGAGAACGUCGAGGGCCCGUGUGAUGAGAAGCGCGUGAACCUGAUUGAGGUGCACGUCAUCGACUCGGACGACGAUCCAUCCUCGCUUGAGGAGCAGGAGCCACAAGUUUACUGCACCAUUCCCAGCCUUCCCGCCGUUGCUUUUAUCAUGUGCUUUGGCGCCAUCAUUGUGGGGCUGUUGGGCUUCCUUCCCUUCUACUUCGUCGGCGUCAACUCCAACGCGCGCACAACAGAGUAUCUGCUGAGUGAGGCCAUGAAGGGCGUCGCCUCUAUCACGCAGAACAGCCUGGCGAUGCUUCCCGCGUUUGUGCACAUUGUGACGUUCAACUACAUCAAGCGUCAUAACACGACACUGGAGGAGACGAACUUGCCCAAGGACCCGGAUCAGCUGCUGGUAUCGCUCCUCACGGUUCUCACUCGCUUCAACGAGGCCAUCUCGUAUUUGCGGUUCGUCUACGAAGGCGGUCUCUACACGAAUGCUGGCUACACAGACCCGAAGCCAAGCGAUGCGAAUCAGACCCGCAAGAUCUACGGCGGUCACAGUCGCACGCUCAACACGGUCCCCAUGCUCGAAAUGGACAAUGAGAGCGUCACCGCUGUUGAGCCGCCAAACGUCUUGGGUUGCUUCGACUUCCACCGCGAAGUCACCCUCCCUGAAGGUGCCAUGAAUCAGAUUGUGAAAGCGUGGGUGGCGGACCCGCAGAACAGCACGCGCUGGCUGCUGGCCUCCGAUAACACCACUCCGACGUACUUCAACUUUGUGAUGCCUUUCAUCGUCAACGGCUCCCUCGGCUACUUCGAGGCUGGCUCCUCAUCGGACAAGAUCAUCGAAGAAACAACCACCCUCGUAAGCUUUCUGCGCAAGAACGGUCGCAUCUUUCUCGUGGAUGCCACACGCAACAUUCUUGUCGGUAACAGCUGGAACCAAUCAGUGCAGAGCAGAACGGAUGACAACGCGAUCGGCGCAACCAUCUACACCCCGACUCGCAUCUACGAAAUCACCGAGCCCAUCAUUCUCGCUGCCAUGCAGGUGGUUAACGAGAGCGGUAGCUUGACGGAGGUGUUGAAGGACAAGGACACAGCCCUCAUCACCUUUUGGUACAAGGGGAACAACGCAUUCCUGAACCUAACAAAGGUGAAGGACUCGUACGGGCUGGACCUCGUUCUUGGCGUCGUGGUCGUGCGGGCUGACUUCGAGAAGGCCUUCUCCACUGCGCGCACGGCGGCCUUCACGGUGACGGUCUUGGUGGUUGUGAUCGCCGCUAUCGUCGCUGUUGUCAUCGCGUGGUUUGUCGUGCGGGAGAUGAAGCGGCUCAUCCCGCAGCUCAUCCGCGCGUCAAACCUUGAGGUGUCCCGCGGCGACGGCAAGGAUCACCGCGUGCAGGGCUGGCUGGCGUACAUUACGGAGAUUCGCGGCAUUCACGAGGCCUUCGUGCGCGUCGAGCGGAGUUUGCGAGAGAUGCGCACGUUUGUGCCGGCGGCCGUCAUGACUCUGGCGCCGUCCGACGACUCUCACAGCGACGCGGAUCUUGCUGACGGCAAGACGCGCCGUGUGCGUACGCGCUUUAACGCUAACAUAGUCAAGGACAACACGAACGAGUUCUCACGAGUGGAUGUGGCGAUGGUACUGGUGGACGUGCACCGCGCAAUGGACGCGACUGAGGCAUGCUUUAUUAUGGAUAUCAUCUCGCAGCGCGCCGAGGAGUACACCGGCUACAUCGAGUCCGUCAGUUCUAGCAGCUUCUUCGUCAAUUUCGGCACCCAGUCGCAGAACCCGCUCGUGGUGUCGAAGAUUUGCCGCUUCGCGCUCGAGGUGUACCAGUCCGUGCCGGACUUCAUGCGCCACCGCGUCGUCUGCUUCGCUGUCCGCAUGCCGUUUCUUGUUGGCACGUGCGGCGCACGGCACAGCAAGGCCCGCGUCGUCUUCGACACGCAGCGGAUGCUGGGCAUUUCAAAGGUGCUGUGGGACAUCGGCUGCCACGUCGCCUCUACGACAGACACACUCUCGCACUUCGCCACGAGCAGCGCGCAGAUCCCGUGGUACCGGAUUGACUGCGUGCGCUUCCCAGACGAGGUUUCGCAGGUGACACUGUGCGAGCUGCUGGACCCGUGCUCGUCGCUGCAGGAUAAUGAAAACAUGCCAAAGAGGAUGGGCGACGGUCUCUCGAAAAUGUGCAAGGGUGAGUACAAGGAGGCGCUUAUGAUCUUUGACUCGGCGCACAGCGAGAACGUGCAGCUGAAGCGGCUGCGCAAGAUCUGCAUUGACCGCAUCGCCUCUGGCGACACAAGCAAGUACAUUCAUCUCAUUCAGGACGUCUACGUGCUGGACUCCACCCCCAGCAACCACGAAGACAUGGCGAUUGGCGGCGGUGCUGCGAUGUACGACUGCGACGCCGACAACCCCAUCGGCGUGGCGACGAACAGCGGCGAGGUGUGCGAUCGAUCCAACGAGCCACCGUUCUUUGCAUGCAACUCCUUCGGGAAUGGUGCGGGGAUGCCGGCACCAGUGCUGUCGCAGCCCGCAGCACACGCCUCGUCUCCGGUUGCGCGUCACCCCGCACCAACGUGCAACUCGAAGACGUCGCCGACGCCGUCCGUGACGACUGGCGGUGAGGCGGCCGAGCCCUCGCACCUCACCGAGCGGGCUGUGACGGCCGCCAUGGGUCCCCGCGAGUUCCCUCCAUGCGGAGCGCUGCAGGUGGCUGGAGCCAGCGGCGCGGGUCCAGGUCUCCCUCCCUUUCAUCCACGAACCCCUGGCGCUACGACGACGCCAGCCAGCAUGCCUGGAAGCUCCCCGCCCUGUGGCGCACGCGACGACAGCGCGAGUGAGGCGCCGUCGUUUCUCAUGAACGCCUUCGUCUUCGACUCCUCCAUGGCUUCCGCGGCCUCCGCGGACGCUGUUGGUGCGACCGUGCAGGCGGCAGAUGAGCCCCAGGUGUUGCGGGACGUGAACCAGCACGAGUGGCAGGUCUCCCUCUACCCAAUCGGCAGCGGCGCCUUCAGCUUCAUCUAUCUGGGCAUGUCAGACGACGGCGUGCAGGUGGCGAUCAAGCGCAUUCCCCGGCUGCACCGCGGCAUCAAGGAGGAGGAGAUGGUGUCCGAGGUAUGCACGUGCGCCAAACUGCGACAUCCCAACAUUGUUCCCUACAUCUCCUGCUGUGUAACCCAGUCGUACCUGGCAAUCAUCAUGGAAUACAUGCCAGGGGGCUCGCUGCACGACAUCAUCGACAACUUUGGCAAGCUGCCUCGCACCGUCGUGCGCCGGUUCAUGCUCGACAUUGUGAACGGCCUAGCGUACCUGCAUGAGUCCACCACGCACGGUGACGUGAAGCCGCACAACAUUCUGCUUGGCGUGGACGGUGUCUGCAAGCUCUCCGACUUUGGCUCCGCCUCGGACAGGCUCACGGAGGCGUGCUGCGUCAACGAGGACCGCCUGAUGCGCGGCACGGCCGUGUACAUCUCACCCGAGGGUGCGCGCAACCUUCCACUGACCUCCGCCUCUGACAUCUACUCGCUCGGUAUCUCGUUCUUGGAGAUGGUGCUGGGCCGCCUGCCGUGGAGGUGGGCCGAUCCGGAGAGAACAGACGCGCUCCCGCUGCGUCACGACCACGAUUUUGUGCAGUGCCUCACCGCCAAUGCCAUUGCUGUCGACAUUCCCGACGACCUGGACAACGACGUGCGCGAGUUGGCGCUGGCGAGCUGCGCUGAGAACCCAGAAAAACGACCGACAGCCCAAGAGCUGCUUUCCUUCGCCUUCCUGAUUUGA